AUGCUGCUGCAACUAGACGAUAACCAUUCCUCUCUGAAGAUCUUUGCUCUGCCCACCUUUACUUUGUCACCCACCCCUUCUCCUUCUUUCUUUAGCUCACCUCUAGCUCUCUCUUUCAGCACUCUUACCUUCUCUCACCUCACUCUCUUUCUAUUCUCAGGAUCCUUGUUGCUGUCAGAGUACCUUCUUGCUUCCAGACCCUUCAAAACAACAGGACGUGAGAGAAAGAAGCACUAACCUAACAGACAGCUGGGUCAUCAUGCAGGUUCUAAAAAUCCAGUUUGUGGUGUGUAUACAAUUUUUUGCUAUCUUUAUAGUAGGUACAGAAGGCCAGUGUCCUAGUCAGUGUCACUGUCACGGUGACCUACAGCAUGUUAUCUGUGACAAUGUUGGCCUGAAGAAGAUCCCUCGCGUCACUGAGGCCACUCGCCUCGUUAACCUCCAGCGCAACAACCUGGGUAUGCUCCCAACUGGAGGCUUCAAAGAAAUGAAGGGUCUCGUCUCCCUGCACCUGCAGCACUGCCAGAUCCGUGAGAUUUCCACUCAGGCAUUCAAGGGCCUCAAAAAGCUCAUUUACCUUUACCUUUCUAACAACGAAAUCAGCACCAUCAAACCUGGGGCAUUUGAAGACCUAACUGAGCUCACCUAUCUUUACAUGGAUGGGAACCAAAUCUCAAGUCUUUCAAAAGGCAUCUUCUCCCCCAUGAUCAACCUCUUUAUCCUACAGCUUGAUAACAACAAGCUCCGAGACCUGCAAGCAGGUACCUUUGCAGGUGCUAAGGACCUUCGCUGGCUGCAUCUCAGUAACAAUGAGCUAAGGUCAAUGCAGCCUGGCUCUCUUGAUGACGUGGAGAACCUGGCCACAUUCACUCUGGACCACAACAAGCUGUCUACGUAUCCCAUCGAGGCUAUGAGCAAGUUACGUGUUGUUGAGGAGCUUAAUUUGUCCAAGAACCCACUCAGCUUCAUUCCUGAUUACGCAUUCAGGAGCUUUGGACGCUACAUAGAGAAACUGCAUCUUAAUGAUAUGGGCCUUGAGAAGUUUUCCAAUGCAGCUUUUGAGGGCGUGACAGCUCUAAGGUCUUUGCAUCUUGAGAACAACAAGCUGAAGAUCCUACCAAGCAGCCUGGUUUUCACCAACAUGCAGAAUCUCACUCUGUUCAACAACCCAUGGAACUGCAGCUGCAAUCUAGCCAAACUUAGAAAAUGGAUGGACUCCAGUCGUCAUCGUCCUGAUGCAAUUUGUGCAUCACCUCCAAAUCAGAAAGGGAAGCAAAUUCGAGAAAGCACCGCCUUUAGCAAGUGCAAAAUGAAGAAAAACAAGGGAGCGCGUCAGUGAUAAGGUGCCUUCUGGAGUUUACUGUCAUUAAGGAAACUCAGAGGAGACGUCUGUCCAGGGGACCGGCGUCAUGUCCAGACAACAGACGCAGUGCUACUUUCUACUUCAAGAGUGUUCAUUUUCUUUCAAGUUCUAUGAAAUGACAUGCAUAUGUAUGUUCAAUUUAUAACAAAUAAAAUGAGAAGCAAAACUAUGAGUUUGCAAGGAAAACAGACUAAUUCUACUCUACAUUUUAGAGACACAGAAAGCUAUACACAUGCUGUGCCCAGAGUCUAAACAUUCUGAGGAGUUUACAUGUAGCUUCUGGAUUCGCAUUUUCAUUAAAAAAAAAAACAACACAUGGUAACAUUUAUAGUGUCAAAAUAACAGAGCUAGAAUUUCUUAUCUACAGUUACAUGGUCUUCCUUGUCACAGAGUAACAUCUACUCCAUGUCAACAGAAAACUGUAUGAAGUACUUACUAAAGUACUUUACCUUUCACAAUAUGAACCCCUUAAAUCUGGGAUUAGUAUAAAAGUUUGAAGCAUAAAUGCAUGACAUAAACACAUGAAUGACUCAUGAACCCUACAAAAAGAUGUGCAGUACAAAGUCCCAAGUACGCUACGGAAAGUAACCAAGUCACGGAAAACAAGCUUAAGCACUUAAGUCUUUUCUCUAUAAUUUCUUAAAUUGUACCAUGUGCUGCUGCUUUAUGGUGCUUUUCCAUUCUAAUAAAAAAAAAAAAAUAUAUAUAUAUAUAUAUAUAUAUAUAUAUAUAUAAAUUAUAAAUAAAUAAAUAAAAAAGUGCAUGCUUACGCUACCAACAGGAAGUUGAAAUGUAGAAGGAAUAUUUGGAAAAUUGGGGGGGGUUGGCCAAACUGCUGCAUGGCACACUUAUGUACAAUUCCAGAAACUUAAACUUUGUGUAAUAAGUAAUUAUCACUUUUUUUCAAUAAAGAACUAAUAUCUAAAAA